AGUAGAAUCAUAACAAGGUGAAAAAAAAAGCUCCGAGAAGGUGUGUUGGUGGUGAGAAUGAAGCUAAAACGAGGGCGAAAUAAACCCCAAGCUCGUUUUCAUCUAUAAAGUAAAUUUCUGAGCGUGUUUUUCGUUUAUUCUCACCCUGUUAGCUUCGUGUUUACGCUAGCUAGUCCGCUAACGGUCGGAUAAGUUUGUCUGCAGGACUUUGGCUGUCAAUAGUGACCUGUCACCUAAAAAAAAAAACAACACACAGACACGACGAUGACCUCCGCCGGUGGAAUCCAGAUACCGAGCCGUCUGCCGCUGCUGCUGACCCACGAAGGGGUGCUCCUGCCGGGCUCCACGGUCCGCUUCAGCGUGGGCUCUCCGCGGAACAUGCAGCUGGUGAGCCAGCGGCUGCUGAAGGGAACGUCGCUGAAAAGCACCAUCAUCGGGGUGAUUCCUAACACCAGAGACCCGGAGCACGACACCGACGACCUCCCCACGUUACACAAAAUUGGUACAGCUGGCAUUGCCGUGCAGGUGGUGGGCAGUAACUGGCCGAAGCCUCACUACACCCUCCUCAUCACCGGACUCUGUCGCUUCAGUGUUUCAAGUCUGCUAAAGGAGCGGCCGUUUGUCCUGGCAGAGGUGGAGCAGUUGGAUAAACUGGAGCAGUACACAACCCCAGCAACGAGUGGCGCCUCAGCAGAAGAUGGAGAGCUGGGGGAGCUGUCCCAGAAGUUCUACCAGGCUGCCGUACAGGUGUGUGUGUCAGACAGGUACAGGUAGUAAAAAUACAGCAUA